AUGAACAAAGAGCAAAGUAGUGUCCUGAAAGCAUGGGAGGCCACCAUGCGCAAAACACAGGCGGCAAAGAAGCGCGCCAAUAGCAUUUUCGGGAUAACAUCCAUGGCGAAUGUAGCUCAAAACGAUGUUGAAGAAGAUAAAAGUGUUAGAGCUUCCGAUGAACCAUGUUUUUCAGAGAAGAUUCUCCCGAAUGGGGAUUAUUAUACAGGGCAAUGGCAUGAUAAUUUCCCUGAUGGACAAGGGAAGUAUUUAUGGACAGAUGGGUGCAUUUAUAUAGGAGAGUGGCGUAAAGGCAAAACUAUGGGGAGGGGAAGGUUUACUUGGCCCUCUGGUGCUAGUUAUGAAGGGGAGUUUAAGACCGGAUAUAUGGAUGGAACCGGUGUAUAUAUAGGUGCCAAUGGGGAUACUUAUAAGGGACAAUGGGUGAUGAACUUGAAACAUGGUCAUGGCCUAAUGCAUUAUUCGAAUGGGGAUGCGUACGACGGAGAAUGGCGCCGCGGUUUACAAGAAGGCCAUGGGAAAUAUCAAUGGAAGAACAGGAACUAUUACGUGGGAGAGUGGAAGAACGGCGUGAUUUUCGGCAAGGGGACUUUUAUGUGGAGCAAUGGGAAUAAGUAUGAAGGAUUUUGGGAAGAUGGCUUGCCGAAAGGAAACGGGACUUAUCAAUGGCCUGGUGGUAGUUUCUAUGUAGGGAAUUGGAGUAAAGAUCCAGAUGAACAGAAUGGGACGUAUUACCCUUCCGAGACUUCUUCAGCUGCAGAUCUCGAAUGGGAUCCCUCGUCGGUGUAUAACGACUUGGCGAGUUGCAAAAUCUGCCACGGAGAAAGGGUUUCUAUCAUGCCAUCCCAAAAGAGACUAGCAAUGUGGUAUUCAACAAAGGGUGUGGACAGGCCGAGAAGACCGUCGGUCGACGGGAGGGCGAGCGUAGGUAUAGAGCGACCAUUAGAUAAAACCAGCUUAUGGGAGAAUGAUGGUGAUGGCAAUAGUUUAAGAGAACCGAUAAGGAAUUUCGAUUACGAGUUGUAUGAUGAUACAAACCCGAAGUUCAACCUUGGAUUACCUUUGAAAGUACCCAAACUAGGCAAAAGACAGGGGGAAACAAUAUCCAAAGGUCACAGGAACUAUGAACUUAUGCUUAAUCUGCAACUGGGAAUCAGGCAUUCUGUAGGAAGACCAGCACCAGCUACAGGUUUCGAUCUCAAGGCUUCGGCAUUUGACCCGAAGGAGAAAAUCUGGACUAGAUUUCCUCCUGAAGGAAGUAAAUACACUCCACCACAUCAAUCUUGUGAAUUCAGAUGGAAAGAUUAUUGUCCAGUAGUAUUCAGGACUUUGAGGAAACUGUUCAAGGUAGACCCUGCAGAUUACAUGAUAUCUAUUUGUGGGAACGAUGCACUUAGGGAACUAUCCUCCCCAGGUAAAAGUGGUAGCUUCUUUUAUUUGACGAACGAUGAUCGAUACAUGAUCAAAACAAUGAAGAAAUCCGAAACGAAAGUGUUUUUAAGGAUGCUUUCAGCCUAUUAUAACCAUUGUCGAUCAUUUGAGAACACCUUGGUAAUAAAAUAUUACGGCUUGCACAGCGUAAAACUCACUGGCCCUGCUCAAAAAAAGGUUCGAUUCAUUAUCAUGGGGAACCUCUUACGCUCCGACUACACAAUCCAUAGACGAUUCGACUUGAAAGGGUCUUCAUUAGGACGCAUAACAGAUAAGCCUGAGUCCGAGCUCGAUAAUACUACCAUACUUAAGGAUCUUGAUCUCAAUUUCAUAUUCAAACUACAAAAAUAUUGGUUUCAAGAGUUUUGUUGGCAAAUCGACAGGGACUGUGAGUUUCUUGAACAAGAAAGAACAAUGGACUAUAGUCUUUUAGUAGGUCUUCACUUCAGAGAAAUAUCGCCUAAUGGAGAGCUAAUUCCUUGUGAAACACGUAAUUCAUCUGGCAAUUCACAGAAUGAUGCAACUCAUCAACUUCCCAGAACAGAUAUGGAUCAACUUCUUCAAGACCCUAAGAGUUGGGCUAGCAUCAAGCUAGGCACUAACAUGCAGGCAAGAGUCGAAAGAAUGAUAAGGAAACCCGAGCUCGAACUACAGCUUGUCGGAGAACGGACGGGAGUGUGUUACGAAGUUGUAAUGUUCUUCGGCAUCAUCGACAUACUUCAAGAUUAUGACAUUACCAAAAUGCUCGAGCAUGCGUAUAAAUCCAUUCAGUAUGACCCGACUUCGAUAUCAGCUGUGGAUCCAAAGCAGUACUCGAGACGAUUUCGCGACUUCAUUUUUAAAGUUUUUGCUGAAGACACUUGCAGUUUUUAGCUGCGAACAUGCAGCGUGAUGUUGUCUUCCAUAAGUCUAUGGAUUGAGUCAGCUAUACGUUUAAUGGUAAUCCUCAUUUAUCACAAACAAUUGUUGUAGUAGCCAUUGUUACAAUAUUAUGUCAUUUAAUUUAAAAGUA